AUGAUUAGAGUUGUCUUAUGCAGCAUGUUUGUGGGGUUUGGUGCGAAAAUCAUUCAAUUAUGUUUGGAAGAAAGCCUGAUGUACAACGUCGAAUCGGGGUGGACGAUAUGCAAAUUGAGCAGCACGCUGUCAUGGUUUGAUAGGUUCAUGAAUAUUAAUGAAGUCAUAACUUCGUGCAUAAGGAGGAGUCUGAUAUAUCCUCUCUAUAGGAACUAUGAACUGUCCGUUGCUGUCCUCACAGAUGUCAGCUGUAUUCUCAAGAGAGGUAGGAAGUACGUUCUUCGCUGUCUGCUGAAGAUUCGAAAGUUGCUGCUGGACGCCGAUGACCACUACCUCCUCAACGACCUCUACAUCGACGACUACUGCUCCUGGAUACAACACGCCAAGACCAGCAUCCUGAAAGGCCUGGCCUCUGAAAUCGGCAAGUUGGAUUUGAAGAAAAGUGACCUUGGUCUCGAUGUUGACCUUCUGGAGAGGGCAGCUGACCUCGUCGUGAAGGAUGGAGAGGCGGGUGAAGCACGUAAUCAACUCGUCAACAUCGUUCCUGCAAGUGGCUCUGACAGCGAUGAUGAUGACGACGAUGACGAUGAUGAUAGUUGCGAGACUGAUGACGGAGAUGAUGAUGAUGAUGACGGAGAUGAUGUUGACACGGAUGAUGAAGGUAAUGUCGAAGAUGACGACAACAAUGUGGACGGAAAUAAUGGCAGCAGCGACAACCACAGAGGCGACGAUGACGGUGGUCAUGUUAAAAAGGAUGUCUUAAAAAAUGAAAAAAAUUUCUAAACGAAAAUGGAAAAAGUUGAUUAAAAGCUGAUACGGACCUCUCUGACUACAUGACUCCAUGGUGACUGCCCUGUGGUAUGUUUAUAAUUAUGACUGUAUCGGUUUGAUUUCUUCACCUGUAAAUUUUAUGACCUUUUCAAACUUUUGUCUAAAUAAACGCAAUCAUAAAUUUUUUUCGUUAUAAACGAUGUAAAAGCAGGAUGACAUUUAUGAAAAAUGGUGAACGACUUAAGAAUUGUACGUGCCGUAAGAGUCGAAGGCAUAAAAUGGGUCGUUUUAUUUUCCAUUUAAAUUGUAUUUUACGAGCUCCAUUCGUUUCUUCAUGAUGUGAAUACGGUAUGCUCGCGCUCUUAUUUGAAUUUAUGCGGCUUCGUAUUGUUUAUGCUUUUUAAGCUAGUCGUCUGUGAUGCUGCCAAUUUUCAUUAUGUUUUUUUGUUAAUUUAAAUGAAAUGGUAUAAAACGCAUUUCUUAA